GAAGGUUCAAUCAAAUCCCUUUUCACACACAAAACCGCCAUUCGCUUGUCAAUUUGUUCUUGUUUUUAAUAAUCUUUGUAGCUGGGCGUUUACUGUUUCAAUCCCUUCGAUUUUCUAUCCAUAUUUUAAUCCUUUGGGGGCUUCUUUGAAAUGGGUUCUUUGGUUGGUCACCUGAAUUCUAGCUGCCUUGUAUUGACUUCCCCUAGAUCAUGGGGGCCUGCCCUUGUCCUUCUAUGUUAUCCUGUCUUGUUCUUUAAGCUCCUCAUUUUUCAAGUUUUGGCUCAAGUUUGGACGUAUAUGAGAGGUGAAUUUCUCUUUCUUCUCCCUGAUCUUCCUUGUUUUCUGUGAAAAGCUAUGCAGAUUUCUUGAUGUUCUUAACUUUUUCUUAGAAAAUUGGUUGAGUUUCUUGGAUUUUGGGUUCAAAUUCUGAUCCUCCUUGAUAUGGGUUAUUUUGAAUCUGGGUUUUUUUGAAUUCCCCUUGAUCAAUCCCUUUUGGAUGGAUUUGUGAUUGGUGGAAACUGUUGAGAAAGGCACUUUCUGGGUUUCUUCAAUAGCUAAGGCUCUUCAAGUUUCUUUGGUUUUUCCUCUUGAAUCAGGACCAGUUAAGGGUUGGGAAGAGCCGACAUUCAGGCGCCAAACCUUCCGGUUGAUGUGAGUUCUUGGGGAAAAUCAGCCUGUUAUCUCUAGAGCUACCUUUAUUCAUUGGAUCACCUAGUGAGGGAAUCAGCUUUUGGAAGGGACUAUGAAGUGUUUUCAUGUAUUCAACAACAAGAGAAACAUUGUUGAGCUAAGGAAAUCUAGGAAAUCGAAUUCGAUUCUCUCGUGUAACUCGAAUUCGACGUCGAUGAAUCAAGAUCUUAAGAUGUUUGACUCGGAAGUAAAUUCUCAGAAUGUCUCAGAAUUCAGUGCAGCAUCCUCUGCUAUAUCAUUUGCAGCUUUGUCUCAAAGACAUAGUAAUCUUAGGGAGUUCACAUUCUCAGAUUUGAAAGCAGCCACGAAGAACUUCAGCCGCUCGCUCAUGAUCGGAGAAGGAGGAUUCGGUAGUGUAUAUCGAGGCGCUAUCCGUAACUCGGAUGAUCCACGUAAAAGAAUAGACAUUGCUGUUAAGCAAUUAAGUAGAAGAGGAUUGCAGGGUCACAAGGAAUGGGUGACAGAAGUGAACUUUUUGGGCGUUGUCGAACAUCCAAAUCUCGUCAAAUUACUAGGCUACUGUGCCGAGGAUGAUGAACGAGGGAUCCAGCGACUACUCGUAUACGAAUAUAUGCCUAACAGGAGCGUGCAAGAUCAUUUAUCAAGCAGGUUUAAUGGUUCUCUUCCAUGGGCAAUAAGAAUGAAAAUAGCACAGGAUGCUGCUCGUGGCUUGGCGUAUCUACAUGAAGGAAUGGAUUUCCAGAUAAUAUUUAGGGAUUUCAAGGCUUCAAACAUUCUUUUGGAUGACCACUGGAAUGCUAAGUUGUCUGAUUUUGGAUUGGCCAGGCUGGGGCCUUCUGAUGGACUGAGCCAUGUCUCUACAGCGAUUGUAGGAACAAUAGGAUAUGCAGCUCCUGAAUACCUUCAAACAGGACGACUCACAGCAAAAAUCGACGUAUGGAGCUACGGAGUUUUCCUUUAUGAACUGAUUACUGGUAGGCGUCCCCUAGAUCGAAACCGUCCUAAAGGCGAGCAAAAGCUCUUGGAAUGGGUCAGACCACACCUAUCUGACAUAAAGAAGUUUGAGCUGAUAAUGGACCCAAAACUUGAAGGCAAGUAUUCUCUUAAAGCUGCUCAUAAACUAGCAGCUGUAGCGAACCGUUGUUUGGUUCGAAAGGCUGCGGUACGCCCGAAAAUGAGCGAGGUCUUGGAGAUGGUAACUCGGAUUGUGGAAGGGGACUAUCCUGAGAGCCCUCUGCUUCCAGUAAAGAGCUUGAGUUCUAACAAUGAUUCUGAAGGAUCAAAAAGUGAACCUUUGAGAAAACGGAUUAUGAAUUCAUUUAUUGGAGAGAAUGGUUGUUUGAUUGGCCUAGCUUGGAGACCCAAAGUUGUGAGAACUUGUUGAACAAGGUUGAGAGGAAUGAUACUGGAUCAAUUACAGUAGUUUUUGUUUGUGCAGAAAUUUACUCUUUUCAGUGUCCAAAACUGAGCGAGUGUGUAAGUUAUAUAUAUACUGGAAACCAGAAUUAUUUUCAUUUAGUUUUA